UUUUCAUGUGCAGCAAUUGGAUAUUUCCUCCGGGGGUCAAGGGGCGCCUGCCUAGCAGCAUGAUUGGAGCUUUGCUUAGGAAGUUCUGGCCGGGCAAGUACUAUCCCCUCGGCACUGUCCCAGCUGGCGAGAAGAAGCUAGCCACUACUUGGACGGACUACGAGAGUGCCCCUGGCGUAGGCUUCCCGACGGCUGCUGAGGCCGUGAUGAGAAAGUUUUGGUGUUUUUAUCGUGUGGCGCCCGAGGUUGAGGAGACGGCCGCGAACAGGACUUUGCGGGCGACUUGUGAGAGGUUGACACCGCAGGUGUGGUACAACCAAAGGAUCACGUCCGCGGGUCACUUCUGGGCGGAGAGAGGCGAGAGGGUCCAUAAGCCGGACAUUGUCGGUAAGAAUGCUAAGGCCGAGUACGAGAUGACGGUGGAGGACUACAUGUCGGUUAUCCCCGAUUGGGCCGAGCCGCAUGCCGAGGCAUGGGAGGAGAUGGUUAGGACGAGGUGGCUCAAGAUGGACGAGGACUUUGCAGCCGUGGCGAGGCGGAACGCGGAGAACCGAGGCGACGGUGGCACACACUGUGGGGGAAACCUCAGCUACGAGCGCUACAAGGGGAAGACGAGGGCCGCGUUAGGACCCGAGGAGGAGAUGUCUGACCUCGAGAUAUACAACAAGAUGCGGCUUAAGAAGCCCGAUCUCUCGCAGCCUCAGCCCUCGCUCCCUGAGUACUUCGGCACCUACGCCGAGGACGUCGAGAACUACUGCGAGAUGGUGAGGCAUCGUCACCCGGAGGUGGAUGACCCCAUGAGCGCGGAGGUCGACGAGGAGUCGUUGGUCCUGUCGUCCGGAGGGUUGUCGCAUGGCCGUCUCGCCAUGCUGAACAAGGCCGUCAAGCAUACCCUCACCACGACCUUCACGCGUCUCAAGGCGGGACUCACCAAGGACAGCCCCCCUCUCCCGCCUCGUCGCCGGGCUCGGCAACCCGCAUACGACCCUGACUUCGAGGCGGCCUACGUGGCCGCUCAUCAAGAAUAUCAGGUGGCCUUCAACCAGCACCAGCAGCAGUUCAUGGAGUACAUGGCAUAUAUACAUGCGUCGUUUGUGGGCAAUCAAACUGGACAGACAGCGGAUUUAGGGCCGAUGCCUCCCUUUCCGGGGCCGGCGCCAAACAUGCCAUCGAAGGAAAAUUUCGCUGCGGAGUACUAUGGGAGAACAACGGGAACGGGAUGUUCCGGAAACCAGGGUGGUGGGAGGGACAUGACACCGGUUCAUCAUGGUGGUCCUUCUCCCGGUGCUACACCCGGUACUUCUCCCGGUACUUCUCCCGGUCCUUCUCCCGGUGGUUCUUCCGCAGCUUCUAACGGAAGGAAUCGGCCCGGGCCGGUGUUUAGCGGCGACGAGCUCCUCUAGUAGUCCCAUAGUAGCUACUUAUGUAUCCGCACUAUGACACUAUGACACUUGUACCU